UUUAUUUAGUAGUCGCAUCACGUAGGCUGCCGUGUCCUCAGUUCACAUUCGGAUUCAAUCCUGCUGUACACCUUCGCUGCAUCUUCCGAUCUCCUGGCUGUCGGUCAUUGCAAAUAAAAUGGCAAGCACUUUCGCCAGGAUUUUUUCUUAUAAAAGAAGCAUUCGUAUCCUCUCGUUAGUGGGAGCGGGCUCCAUAACGACUGGGCUAUUUCUAAACAAGGAGUAUGUCGACGCUGGAUCCCUUGUUAGGAGAAGGUACCCCGCCAGUGCAGAAUAUCCAGAUUUACGAAAACAUAACAACUGUAUGGCCAGUCACCUCACUCCUGCUGUCUAUGCCAAGCUGUGCGACAAAUCCACACCCAAUGGCUACACUAUAGAUGAAGCCAUUCAGACUGGAGUGGACAACCCUGGACAUCCUUUCAUUAAGACAGUGGGCAUGGUGGCAGGGGACGAAGAGUCAUAUGAGGUGUUUGCUGAACUAUUUGACCCUGUCAUCAAGGAAAGACAUAAUGGCUAUGACCCUACGACAAUGACGCACCCGACUGAUCUGGACGCAAGUAAGAUACGGUCGGGACUGUUCGAUGACCGUUACGUGCUGUCGUCCCGAGUGCGGACGGGCCGCAGCAUUCGGGGUCUGAGUCUGCCCCCCGCCUGCACGCGCGCCGAACGCAGGGAGGUGGAGCGGGUGGUGGUGGAUGCUCUCAACGGGCUCCAGGGAGAGCUGAAGGGCCAAUACUACAGCCUCUCUCAGAUGACCGAGCAGGAACAGCAGCAACUGAUUGAUGAUCACUUCCUGUUUGACAAGCCAGUUUCCCCUCUCCUUACCUGUGCAGGGAUGGCACGUGACUGGCCAGAUGCACGUGGAAUCUGGCAUAACAAUGAAAAGACCUUCCUGGUGUGGAUCAAUGAGGAGGACCACACCAGGGUCAUCUCCAUGGAGAAGGGAGGCAACAUGAAGAGGGUGUUUGAGCGCUUCUGUAUGGGACUCAAAGAGGUGGAGAGACUGAUCAUGGAAAAGGGAUGGGAGUUCAUGUGGAACGAGAAGCUGGGCUACAUCCUCACCUGCCCCUCCAACCUGGGAACAGGUCUGCGGGCCGGAGUCCACGUCAAGCUGCCUCGCCUCAGCAAGGACCCUCGCUUUGCCAAGAUCCUGGAUAAUCUGCGACUCCAGAAGCGCGGCACCGGGGGGGUGGACACGGCUGCUGUGGGCAGCACCUUCGAUAUCUCCAACUUCGACCGACUUGGCAAGUCUGAGGUUGAGCUUGUCCAGAUCGUGAUCGAUGGUGUGAACUACCUGAUCGAUUGUGAGAAGCGACUGGAGAGGGGCCAGGACAUCCGAAUCCCCCCACCCAUACCCCAGUUCAAGUAGAGGUCAGCCAGCUUGUUCCAAUGGCCUAGGGUUUGAUAUUAAGCUUCUGAAGCAUCCUUUGGGCCACUGACUGAUUAUAGCUCACCUGCACAGCAGAAAUGCUUAGUGUAAAAGUAACUUUAUCAGAGUAAUGUUUACACUGAUGGAGUACCUUUUUCUCUGAGUGAACUCUAGAAUUGAAUUAAUACUGAAUGUGUCUGUGUGUGCCUGCUUGUUUCAAUCAUAGUCAAGUCAAAUUCAAGUUUCUCCAUACAAAUGCAGAAGAACUGAUAAGGUUGUAUCCUCCCUCACAAUAUUGAGCAAGCCAGGUUAAAUAUGGAUCUCUUGUAUUUAAGGCUUAUUCCAAGUGAUGAAAAUGGAGCAACAUGUGCUCAGCUUGCACCCACUUAAAUAGCUAAAUCUACCAAUUAACACCAGUUGCUUCCAUGUCCACAAACCCCAUUGUUGGUACAAGGAAACCUUUUGCUUAUGAUAGUUUUUAAAUGAGCACUUACAGGGAAUGCAAAAAAAGAAGUAUAAACAAACAGCCCACUGUACUGUAGCUGGUGGUUUUUAUUAUGAAUAGCUACUGGUGCCGUUCCACAUUCUGUACAACGUGCACUCACUCAAACCAAAUUAGCAACAUAAAUUCUUCAAAUAGAUGUUUGAUGUAAAAUUAUAUAAAAUGUUCUGCAUGUGUACAACAAUCAGCUUGAAAUGCAUCAAAUUACAGUAGCUCAAACUAGUUCUAUGUGCAAAUGUCUGUAUCUUGCUUGCUACAACUGUGCUGUUAUCUUAGAGCUCACAAACAUUUGUGGUUCCUUUACUUCUUUCUUGAGAAGAAAUAAUCAACAGAAUCUUUUAAAAUUUUAGGUAGAUGGUCUAUUUGAAGAAUUUUUAGCUUUUUGCUGCUAGCUCUUAUAAGAGAAUGAAAUAAGAGAAUGAUUGAGCGCACAUUAGACAAUAGUGUGAGCAGGAUGCACUGCAGUUAGUGAUAUCCAGCUGGCCCACAGAAUGUGCUAAUACAGAUUUACUGACUUUGCAGUAGCUGGCUGUGGCUUCCUUAUCAGUUUCUUUUCCUAUCAUUUUAUUCUUAUCCAAUAAGACAAGUUAAGAGAACGUCUUACUUGUCCAAACAACAAAAUUUUGCUUGGCCACUCAAAGAAAAGUUAAUGUCAAACCCUACGUCUUUUGUGGCUACUAUGGCAAGUAUGUACUGUAUAUGUUUAAACAACUUAUCAUGUAUUCCAAAAAUGCACAGACUGAAAACACUGGUAUUCAAUAAACUCCACUGUAACAGUAA